AUGGGUGAAAGUAACAACCAAGGUGGGCCGCCGUCCAUGGCCAUGAUUUCUCGGCUAGCUGCUGUCCCUCGUUUUAAUAAUUAUUCUAAUCACUCUUUAAAUUCUUAUCCCUUCAACCGAGAAAAUAAAGAUGAUUUGAAGUGUACUUUCUGUGGACAAACCCGUCAUAGUGAGGAUACGUGUUUUGCUAAGCAUGGGGUGCCUGAUUGGUUUCCAGAAUUGAAGAAGAAAUUGCGUGCAAAGGAGCAUGGAAGUGUAGGAAACAAUGGAGGCCAUGCCUCCCUAGCUACAGCCCCACCAACAGCAAAUGAGGCUGAAACUCCUGGUAAUGACCUGAGUCAAACCUUGCUGACUUGUUUUACCUAUGGUGGCUCGUCCACCACCGCAGGUACUGUAGGGCAUGGUCUUUUGGCCACCGAUACCAAGCAUCACACAGGUUGGAUUCUGGACUCUGGUGUAACGGAUCAUAUGACAUAUGAUAAGAAUAUGUUUCAAUGUCUGACAACAUCUCACAGGGAAUAUAUUGCCACUGCCAAUGGUACCCGUGCUCCUGUUAUUGGUGCUAACACCGAUAUUCAGACCAAGGAGAUAAUUAGGCGUGGCACUAAGAGAGAGGGGUUAUACUAUAUGGAUGAUGUUGUUCCUGGUAGAGCUCAUGCAGUACGAGUAUUCCAUGAUAGUAAUCUACAAGAACUAGUUCAGACACAAUAUUCUUCUGUUAUCAAGGUUCUUCGUUCUGAUAAUGGCAGAGAAUACAUCAAUUCUGAGUUGUCGGGUUUUCUAUGUGAUCAAGGGAUCCUCCAUGAAACCACAUGUCUGCAUACUUCGCAACAAAAUGGGGUUGCAGAGCGUAAAAAUCGCCACAUUUUGGAAACAGCCCGUGCCUUGCUCCUUGGGGCUUCUGUUCCUCCGCGUUUUUGGCCUGAAGCAAUUACCUAUGCCUUGUAUGUUAUUAAUCAUAUGCCUUAUUGGGUGGUUAGUUUCCAAAAACCUUUUCAAGUCCUCACAUAA